AUGAAGCCACCAUACAAAAUCGCUGAUGAGAAACUGGCGGAGCUCGGCCGUAAAGAAAUUAUGUUAGCUGAGAAAGAAAUGCCGGGACUUAUGGCAUGCCGUCGCAAAUAUGCUCCUAGCAAAAUUCUCAAAGGAGCCAGAAUAGCUGGAAGUCUUCACAUGACAGUUCAAACCGCUGUACUUAUUGAAACUCUAAUUGAAUUAGGUGCAGAAGUACAAUGGUCUAGCAGUAACAUAUUCAGUACACAAGAUGAGGCAGCCGCUGCUCUUGUGGCCGUCGGUAUACCUAUUUAUGCCUGGAAGGGUGAAACCGAUGAAGAAUACAUUUGGUGUAUUGAACAAACAUUAUUCUUCAAUGAUGGAAAGCCAUUGAACAUGAUUUUGGAUGAUGGUGGAGAUCUUACCAACCUGGUUCACACCAAAUAUCCACAACUUCUUGAGAAUAUCAAGGGUAUCUCAGAAGAAACAACCACCGGUGUUCAUAACUUAUACAAAAUGUUCCGAGAGGGCCUUCUUAAAGUGCCUGCUAUUAAUGUCAAUGACUCUGUGACAAAAAGCAAAUUUGAUAACUUAUAUGGCUGCCGGGAGUCACUUCUUGAUGGAAUUAAAAGAGCAACUGACAUUAUGGUUGCCGGUAAAGUCUGUGUCGUUGGGGGUUAUGGAGAUGUCGGAAAGGGAUGUGCCCAAGCGUUCAAGGGCUUCGGAGGUAGGGUCAUUGUCACUGAAAUUGACCCCAUUAAUGCCCUACAAGCUGCCAUGGAGGGUUUCCAAGUAACAACAAUGGAUGAGGCGGCUGAGAUUGGACAAAUCUUUGUCACCACCACUGGAAAUAUUGACAUAAUAUGCAAGGAACACUUCCUUAAAAUGAAAGAUGAUGCCAUUGUUUGUAACAUUGGUCAUUUUGAUUGUGAGAUUGAUGUGGCUUGGCUGGAAAAGAAUGCCAAGAAAGUCAAUAUCAAACAGCAUGUGGAUCGCUAUGAACUUGAAAAUGGAAAUCAUAUAAUUGUUCUAGCAGCUGGACGGCUAGUUAACUUGGGAUGUGCCACCGGUCACUCUUCAUUUGUUAUGUCCAACUCUUUCACAAAUCAAGUGUUAGCACAAAUUGAACUCUGGACCAAACACAACACAUACCCUAUUGGAGUCCACACCUUGCCUAAGAAACUUGAUGAAGAGGUAGCAGCGUUACACUUAGACCAUUUAGGAGUUAAGCUUACUAAGCUGACUCCUAAACAGGCUCAGUACAUUGGUGUGCCAGUCGAAGGUCCCUACAAGCCUGACCACUACAGAUACUGA